AUGCUUCAGGGUAUUUUUAUUUAUACAACAUCAAAUGAUAUUAAAUAUGCACUCAUUAAUGGUGAUCAUGAAAGUAUUUGUACACUUAAUUUACCUAUUUAUAUAGCAAAAGUUAAAUUACCUAAAAUAAAUCCAAAUGCGGAAUUAAUUUUACCACCAUGUUUAAUAAGAAGUCAACCAACUACAGCAGAUUUAAGAUCAAAUAUAACAACAAAACUUGCUGUAAAUCUUCAUAUUGAUGAAACAGCAACAAGUGGUGGAGAUUGGACUCAUCAUGAAGUACAAAUUGAAGGUGAUAAAGAUGAUCUUAAUAGAGAAAAUCUUAAUAAUAAUCAAGAUAAGCAAGAUGAUGGUAGAGGUGAUACUGAAAUUGAAUUACCACUUGAUCUUUACUUCCAUCAUUACCAUCAUUAUAUGCAUGCUUCAUUAAGAAAUUGGUGUGAAGCCCAUUCACCAAAAUUAUUUUAUCCAGCAGUUGGACGUUUUCAAAUCGCUUAUCGUUUAACAACAAAUAGAAAAUUUGGAGAAGUUGUUGAAAAAUUUCGUUCAAUAUUAUUAUCUGUUCCAUGA